CUGAAACCUUCUCUCGAUUCCUCUAUAUUUUUUUUUCAAUUGGUAAUUUGAAUAAUUGCGAGGGUUUUGGAAUUUUCGGCUUUGGUUUGGAUUUGGGAUUAGAGGCAGUGAUUUGGUAGAUCGGGGUUGGAAUUGGCUGUUCUAUGUGUUUGAGUUGAUUUUGAUGGCUUUUCCAUGAAUCUCUAGGCUGAUUUUGUUAUUGGAAUUUGGAAGUGAUUCGGUGAUAUAAGCGCGGAAUUAUUUUUGGCUGUGUUGUUUUGUUUAUUCGAUGUCUUUGACAGCGGUUUAUUAGCUGCCAUGGACUUGUUCUUUUGAUUUCGUGAUGUUUUUCCUUGUCUUUUAUGAUUUUUUAUGCUAUUAAUUUCCAUCAUCAGGAGCAGAGCCGUUUCAGGAAAAACAUGUUGAGUAUGCACUCUAGCUUCAUGCAUGGCUGGGGAGUACCAAAGAUUCUUGAUAUCAUGGUCUUCAGCAUUGCCACCACAGUUUCUUUGAAGCUGCUCAGGGUCUAGGCUUCUAUUCCACUAAUGCACCUAAGACUUUACUUAGGUUUGUAGAUAAUUUUCUAGCAGACAGAAAUGGACGUGAAAACAGCAAAGGCAGUGGAUAGAAUUGCUCUCAAUUUUAAGAGAAAGCAACCUACCCAGUAUGCUGCACAUGAAUGUGGAGCUUUGCAGCCUUCAGGCAGGGUUGUAAAACAGAUAAAAUUGGGUGAAUAUAGAAAAAAACAUGCAAAUGCUGGUCCUCAUAUUGGGAAGUCCUUGAGUAACCGGUUUUUAAGCUAUAAAAAAAGUGGGAAACCAGCUCGUCUGAUGUUCUAUAAGAAUGGUGAGUGGGUGGACUUUCCAAGUGAUAUUCUUGACUUGGUUAAGAAAGAUCUUGAAAUCAAGAAGUCGGUUGUGGAGGUGGAGUUAAAUGGGUAUCAUAUGGUGUUAAAUUUUUUCCAUAUGUAUAAGUUGAACAUGAAAACUGGUUUGCAACAACCAAUGGCUUGGAUUGAUGAGGCAGGAGGCUGCUUUUUUCCUGAGGUCUAUGCUACUUAUGAUGAAGAGCCUUAUAAUCUCUGGAAACAGGGCACUGGAAGAAGUACAGAGUCAUAUGAUUCUAAUGAAAUAAAAUUACAAUUAGAAAUUGAAAUAAAUGGACUGGAUCAGUGGAAGUUGAGGGAGUGUUCUGACGAGUCCAAUUCAUUAUUUAACGGUAUUAGAAUUGAUACUAAACAAAAGAGCUGUCCAUAUGAUGUAGAAGUAGAAAAUAGCAUUAACAAAGAGGACUGUGAAAAUGUUGACAAAUCUAUACAGCAAAAUCAAGACAUAGAUUUAAAUGCCUAUACUGAAUCUGUAUAUGGAAGGUUGAAUUUCGAUUCUGUACAGAAGAUAUUUCUUAAGGGAAUGAACAAUAAUGGCAUUACUGAUUCCGACAUUGUUGGAAUUGAUCGGUGCUCAGGUGCGUCAAUGCAAGCACGAUUGGAGCUAUUCUUGAAGCAAGCUGAAAUUACACAAAAAUGUCAUGGGGAUGCUAAUGUUCAGUAUGCUUGGCUUGCUUCUACUAAACGAGAACUGUAUACAAUGAUGGAGUAUGGGCUUGGCCACUGUAGACUAUCUGCAUUUAAAGGUUCAUAUGGCACUGGUGUUCAUCUUGCAGCCGUUACCUGCCCUGACACCAGUGCACGUUAUUGUGAUGUUGACGAAAAUGGGGUUCGACAUUUGGUCCUUUGUCGUGUAAUAAUGGGGAACAUGGAGAUUCUCCAUCCUGGCACUGGUCAGUUCCAACCCAGUAGCUGUGAAUAUGAUAAUGGGGUGGAUGACAUUCAAUGUCCGAGAUAUUAUGUGGUGUGGAAUAUGAACAUGAACACCCACAUCUAUCCAGAAUUUGUUGUUAGCUUCAAGCUGUCUUUUGAUGCCGAAGGUCUUUUUGGUGGAAGCGAAAGGAAGAAUAAUGUUUCCGGGGUUAUGACUGCCUGCCAUGGUCCUCAAGGACUGUUGCAUUCUUGUGCAGUAGUUAAGGGAACAGCUCCCCCAAGAGGUCCAACAUCGCCUUGGAUGUCUUUUCCUUUGCUUUUUGCUGCUAUCGGAAACAAGGUUCCUCCUAAUGAUAUGGAACGUGUCAGAGAACAUUAUGAACAGUUCAGGUCAAAGCAGAUAUCCCGGGAUGAUUUUGUGAAGAUACUGAGGUUAAUAGUUGGAGAUGCUCCAUUGAAACUUGCAAUGACACAACAUCAAUUUAAGAUACCAUCCAAUGUUAAGGAAGGAUAAGGCUUUAAUAUUAGUAAGCAUGAGGAGAUGGAUAUUUCUGCUCUUGGAGGCAAAUAUUUUAAAUUUUUUGCUGGACAAGUCAAUUAUUAGCUCCUAGACAUUCUUUUGUCAUUUUGGACCUUGAAAGUAGUUGAUGCUGGAACGUCUACAUUAGUUUACUUGAAAUCAUCUGUUUUCAGAUACAUUGUCAACCCACCUAUUUGCUACCUUAUGUGAUUUUUUUAAUAAUAAACAUCAUUCAUUAA